AUUUGAUUUAUUUUCCAUUUCGUUAAGAUAGAGAUGGAAAGAGGGAGAUCGAUGCGCAAUUUGGCGCAUAUUAGCAUCCGCCCCCUUUGUUUCUGGGUACUUAUGUUUCCUUUGUCUCCCUUUAUUUAUCCGACGAAAAGCCUAAGCCCACGAGUUCAUUUCCUCUCAUCCGUUAAUCUCUUCGCCGCUUUCGUCUUCUUCUCGCGGAUCUGCGUAGCGCGUUGUCCUCUCGCCAAUCGUCUCCUCUGGGAUCGGUCGUCUGGUUCUUCCUCAAAAUCGUCGUAUUCCGCCGAUCGAUUUUCGUCGAGUUUUGGGUUUCCGAUCUUGUUGAGGCGCUACUCUUUUAGCAAGUUAGUUUUCAGCGAUGAUGCGGGAAUAUGAAGACGAUCUUGAUGAGAAUGUUGGAUAUGAAGAGUAUGACGAAUAUGAAGAGUAUGAUGGAGAAGGACGGGAGGAAGAAGGGGCAGAGUACGAGGAGGCAGAGGAAAGACAACCUACCAAGGAAGAACUGGAGUACCUUGAAUUGCGUCAACGAUUGAAAGAAUCGAUCAGGAAGAAGAUGAAGAGAGAAGGCGGGAAUGCUCUGUCGUCGCAGGAGAAGAAAAGUAGACUUCCAUACAACGACUUUGGUUCCUUCUUUGGCCCUUCGCGGCCCCUUAUUUCUUCAAGAGUGAUACAAGAGAGCAAAUCCUUGUUAGAAAACGAGCAACUGGCGUCUAGACUUUUAAAGCCAAGCCAAGCUACCAAAAGACCUGUUGCAGUGGGCAGCUCGGCUUCUAAGAAUGGUUCAUAUGACAAGAGACCUAAAGUUGUGAAUGAGGUGAAAAAGAAAGUGGAAAAACUUAAGGAUACGAGAGAUUACUCUUUCCUUUUCUCCGAUGAUGUGGACCUUCCUGUUUCUAGGAAGGAUCCGCCCUCGCAAAACCGUCCUAUUCCUAGUUCUGAGGCUCGGUCUUCUCAAUCAUCAGCUAAGCCCAAAUACCCAUCAGGUACCAAUGGCAGAACUGCUCCUAGUGCUCGCGAGGAGAGGAGACCGCAUUCCAGAGCAGAUGCCCCAGGCAGCCAAAUGCACACAAGACCAACUUCCUCGAGUGGCCAAACACAUACGAGGCCGGCUCCCUCGGGCAGCCAAAUACAUGCAAGGCCGGCUCCCUCGGGCAGCAAGAUGCGCUCAAGACCAAGUUCCUCAGGUUUCUCCACGAAUGGUCAAUCUCCUUCGAGGGAAGGGUUGGCUACGAAUGACCAAACACAUAAAUCAGCCAGCCGGAGUAGUCAACCGAGUUCCAAGUUAAGUUCUCAGAGACCGGUUUCUGCAAGAAGACCUGACUCAGUACCGAUGGAUCAAAGAAGACAGCUGGGCAACAACAAUGGAGUUGGGCUUGGCCGGCCUGCAGGGACUGCAAAGCAGUUGCCUUCUAAGACCCCCAUUUCCGGCACAACGAGCCGUGUUCAAAGUGCUCAGAGACCGUCAUCCUCAAGACCGCUCCCAUCUGAUCAUAGGCGAAGCAUUGAACAGAGAAAGGUUUCCAAUGAGCCAAUAAGGUCUCAAGUAAUCCACAAACAAUCAAUUCCUCCUGCAAAAAACCAGAUAAGCAAACCGCCGAAACGAGCACCAGCACGUGAAAUAGUAGAGGAUAGGCGGCCAAAGAAGAAGCUGAAAAUGUCGGAGGACGAUAAAGCACUCGGUUUGAUCAGAAAGAUGUUCAGAACUGAUCGUUUUGCCGGGCGAGACGGGGAUGAUGACGAUAGUGACAUGGAGGCAAACUGGGAAGAUAUCAUGAGGGAAGAGAAACGAAGUGCGAUGAUAGCGCAGAAGGAAGACGAGGAACAACUGAGGCUGAUCGAGGAAGAAGAGAGGCGAGAAAGAAUGAGAAAGAUGGCUAAGAAGCGCAGGCUGAGCCAUUGAAGUAUUUAGCCCUUUUCCUCCAGAUUUUCUUGUAGGAACCCUAAUUUUCAGAUUCUCUUUUUUACCUCAUGGAAUUUUCUACUAAACGUUUGAUGUGGGUCAGAUUUCAGAUCAUCUUCACAGUGUUGUCACACCAUAUUAAUGUUUCUACAAUUUAGAGAAACCCCAAACUAUACCUAUGAUAUGAUUCAUGGUUGAUGGGUCAGAUUUCAGAUCAUAUUCAUUGUAUUUAUCAUACGUCAUAUUAUUUAUAGAAAACCCAAAUUGUUUCAA